AUGAUGACGAAAUACUACUUGCUAGUAGUUCAAUCACAAAAGAGAAGAACUAGAUCAAGUUCAGACUGCAGUCCGACGUCCAAAGUGUCGGUGUUGAGCGUGAACAAGAAAAUUGGUGCUAAAAAGAUUUCGCCCACCUCCAAACGAUUACGCCUGCAUCCGAUGCGCAAGCUCCUCUCACUAAUCACCGCAGCCUCCCUCGCGACUUCAACACUCGCCCACUUCAGCAUCUACGGCGUCUGGCUGAACGGCGAGUUCCAAGGCGACGGGCGGCACGUCUACGAACGCACCAAGGUCCACUGGGAACUCAACCCUCCCUACUACAACUCCGACUGGGCGUAUAUCGCGUGUAACACCCUAGGACACCGCGCGGUUCCCAAAUGGAUUGAGGUCAAAGCUGGGGAUACCUUCGCGCCCGAGUGGUACUGGUGGGAGCGAGGCGAUUAUACCGCUGCAAACCAUCUCGGACCACGCAAGUAUCCUCUUCACCCCUUCCUCGUACAUAUGGCACCAGCCGUUCCCGGACCGACGGGCGUCAACACCCCCGGGAUCUGGACAAAGCUCUACCACUAUGCCUACAACACCACGGACCACAAAUGGUCCAACCAAUACUUCAAGUCCGACGCCGAGUCGACUAGAGGCCACCACUUUAUCACCAUCCCCGACGUUCCUGCGGGUGACUACAUCAUUCGGUCUGAGAUCAUCGCACUCCAAAUCGCGGAUACACCCUACGGCGCGCAGCAUUACCCGUCCUGCGUCCAGGUCAGGGUUACGACGAAUGGGACAACCGAACUUCCAGGCGGUGACAGCUUCCCUGGAUCUUACGUCCCCGGUCAACCCGGCCUUCUCUGGCCAACAGCAGAUGAGUCCGAUCCCGCCAAGUAUCCUAUCCCUGGAGGGCCUGUAUGGGAAGGGUCGCCUGGUGGAGGAAUCUACGGCUUAAACGCGUAG